UAAAUUUAAACAUCAUUUUUUAUUUAAUUAAAAAAUAUGCAUUCUUAUAUUGAGCUAGUUGCAAUUUUUAUAUCAACAUUAAGUGUUUGUAAAUACCUAAUUAGCAAGUUAAAUUUUAAUAACAAUAUAAAAUUUGACACUAAUAAUAAUAAUAGUAAAUUAAAAUUACACUUGUCAACUAAAUUAAAUUAUAAUAAAAGUGACUGGAACAAUAAACAUUAUUUUCCGUCGGAUGAAACUCAAGAUAAAUUUGAUUUCCGGCGUAAAACUAGUAAACUAUGGGAACAGUUGACUGUCGAUCAAAUGCUGCCUAUUAUCGAAACAAACAUACAGGUGCUACAGACUAUGAUGCGCCUACAGGGCCUCAAAUAUAAGGCCCAGGGUAUCGAUUAUAUGGGAAAGGUAUACGAUCGGCUUAUCCAGUUGGCCAACGAUCGGCUAGUCGUGGCCUACGGGGCUAUCGAUGGCCAGUCAUCGGCGGCGGGCGAUGAUGACCGCCAACGCCGUAUGAAUUACUACGCUAUCGGUGCGUCCGGUGAAGAGUAUAGGUUUGUGGCCCAGAAAUUGGAUGUCCGCCGAAAAAAUCGGUUAACAACUGUCCGGGUAGCGGAUGAACCCGUAUUGUUGGCCAAGUUUUCCGAUUUACAACGAGAUAUAUUGGCCAGAGUUGUCUGGGCCGGGGAUUAUGUACAGAAAAAGGGUAACAUAUUUUACGGUGACGUUCAUAAACAGUUACAUCAAUUAAUUGCUGAUAUAUUUAAACAAAUUAACAAUGACCUAGAUCAAAUGGCCAGUGGCAUAAUUAAAACACAAACAAUACAGAUAUUGAUUGAAGAGUUUAGCAUCAUGAUGAUUUAAUUUUGUCAUUUAAUUUUAAUUUUGAAUUUUAAUUGUGUGUGUGUGUUUUAUAAAAUUAUUAAUC